GCGUCCCAGCUAACCAUCCCCCGUGCUCUCGGCCGCCCCCAUAUUAUCGCAACUACCCCGCCCUGCCCCAUACACAAGCACAAGCUUUGAUCUGUUACGUUGCAUCUGCACGCAGCCUGCGUUCGAUCGAUCAGCUCCCCUGUGCUGCGCAACCAUGGCCGUGUCGGAGGUGGCGGUCGACGGCGUCGUCUUCCCGCCGGUGGCACACCCGCCGGGCUCCGGCCGCUCGCACUUCCUCGCCGGCGCAGGUGUGCGAGGGAUGGAGAUUGGCGGCAACUUCAUCAAGUUCACGGCCAUCGGCGUGUACCUGGAGGAGGGCGCCGCCGUGUCCGCGCUGGCGAAGAAGUGGGCCAGGAAGUCCGCCGACGAGCUCGCCUCCGACGUCGCCUUCUUCCGCGACGUCGUCACGGGCGACUUCGAGAAGUUCACGCGGGUGACGAUGAUCCUGCCGCUCACGGGCGAGCAGUACUCGGACAAGGUGACGGAAAACUGCGUGGCGUACUGGAAGGCCGUCGGCGUGUACACGGACGCCGAGGGCGCCGCCGUGGAGAAGUUCAAGGAGGCGUUCAAGCCCGAGACGUUCCCGCCGGGCGCGUCCAUCCUCUUCACCCACUCGCCCGCCGGAGUCCUCACCGUCGCGUUCUCCAAGGACUCGUCGGUGCCGGAGUCCGGCGGCGUGGCGAUCGAGAACAAGCCCCUCUGCGAGGCCGUGCUGGAGUCCAUCAUCGGCGAGCACGGCGUCUCGCCGGCCGCGAAGCUGAGCGUCGCCGCGAGGGUGUCGGAGCUCCUGAAGGAGGCCAGCCCGGCCGGCGGCCCGCCACAGGCCGCGGAGCCCGCGGUCCCGGUCUCCGCGUGAGCGGGGCCGCGAGGGGAGAAAAGACUCAGGCGAUGGAGCGCGGCGCGACGGCAUCUGCCGGCAGGUGUCUAACAUGCAGCAGGGAGGGAGGGAGAUGCCGUUCGCUGGUGGUGUUAGCCGUCGGCGACCUGAAUGAAUAAAGAAACGCAGAUACUUUUGUUGCAUCUCCGAUAAUUCCCCAGUGCGUGGAUCAAUUCGGGCUGCCUGUUGCAACUUGGGACUUGGCGGAGAUUGUUCCAUACUUCCGUCAGUAUCCUCGCCAUGCUCUUUUUUUUUUUGGAGAUGGAAAUAGCUUCCAUCAACUUUAGUCUGACCUCAUGUCGGCAGUCUCCAAAACAUUUACAUGAUUACAUCAGAGCGAA